AUGUUGGAUAAGGGAGAAGCGGCGCGUCGACGCGACAGAACCAUGCAUGCAGACAACAUAGGUCUGUACACUUGUACACCUACUGUAGAAGGCGUGCAGGGAAGAAGGGAUGAAGGGGAAGGGACUAGUGAGUACGCUUGCCCGAGACUGAUGGAACGUCCUCCCCUUUACUCCGCCGGUCUCCCUCAUUCGGGCUUCCCUUGCCCCGCAUCUCUCAAGCUGGAUAGGAGUUCAGGAAACGGAAUCUUCCCAUACUUCCCUUUUACCCCCAUCCUGGAUGUGGAUCUGAACCCUUUCACUAACCCGGGGACGAAGGUCUUGAAUAUGAUCGAACGCGGUGAGUUCAUUCCGGUAACGACGUUGAUGAUCCCCGGGACGGCGGCGACGGCAGCGGCUGCGGCUGCGGCUGCAGCGGCCGCUGUUCCCUUCCCACCUCCACCUUCACAUCCUGCACCUCCUGUCCCACCCCAACCUACCUCUCAUUUCCACCAUUUCCACCACCACCACCAGCAGCAACAACACCAACACCCACAUCCGUUGAUCUCAGUGGGAGGAAAACCUGGAGACACGGGGAAAUUUUUUAACUGCAGUAUCCAAUCCACGACGCCUUCCUCGACGGCCUCGUCCACCUCCAGCAACUCUUCUGGAAAAACUGAAGUUGAACUGACAACCCCUUUUACCCCUCGAUCCAUCAACCUCUGCCAGGUCAUGUAA